AUGUCUUCUGUAAGCGUCUCAAAUUCAAUUUUGCUCGUUUGUUUCACCUUCAUAGCUAGCGUAAUCCUUUAUAACAUUCGUGCCGCCAAAAAGCCAUUCGGAUGCCAAUCCGUCCCUGGUCCACGUCUUCAUUUUGGCACUCGCGUGUUAAUGUUUUUACAGGUGAAUUUCCUACAUACAGUCCCAGAAUUUACGAAAUUUUGGUGUCAACAUUAUGGAGAUACUGUGGGGGUAUGGAUGAAUGGUGGCUACACUAUUGUAACUUGUGAUGCUGAAUUUUCGCAAAAAAUACUUUCUGGAACAGAAUCCAAGAAUUUUAUUAUACGUAUGGGAAACAAAGAUGGAUUAAAAGCAAUUGGAAUGUAUAAAAAAGGAAUUAUUUGGAAUAAUGAUGUUUCAAAAUGGAAUCUCCAAAGACAUAUAUUUCAGUCUGGCCUGUCUUCCGAUGUUCGUCGAAAAGCUUCCAUCGUUGCGAGGAACAUAACUAGACAGGAAAUUCAUCGUAUCAAGACUUCUGUACGAAAAGAUAAUACUAUGCCAACAGUCGAUCUUAUAAAUGUACUUCGUCAUAUCACUCUUGCUGUCGUCCUUGACGUAGCCUUCGGCACCAAAUUGGAUCGGGAAAGAUCGGAGAUCCUCAUAGAUUGCAUUGUAAAUUAUUUUAAAGCAUGGGAAUUUUUUUUAUUAAAACCACGUUUCAUUUGGCCUCUGUUUCCAUACCACGUUUACCGUCACCAAAAAGCUGUUUUAAAGUUGCAGGAAGAAAUUCGAAACCUUUCUAAAGAUCUGAACCCACAAGCGUCUCCUUUCUUACAAAACCUUUAUAACAAUGACUUAACAACAGAGGAGAUACAUCAAUGUAUUCUCGAAAUGAUCCUUGCAGGCACAGACACUUCUUCCGUUAGUUUAUAUUACACCAUUAUGCUUCUCACCGAAAAUAGAAAGAUAGAAAAUCAAAUGUUGGAUUCUUCGAACGAUUUAUUUAUAGAAGCUGUUUUGCGAGAAGGUAUGCGAUUAAUGCCUGUUGGGCCAGUCAUCAUCAGGAGGGCACUAGCCGACUGCGAAAUUUCUGGAACACACAUUAAAGCAGGAACAAAUAUUGUGAUACAACUUGCACUUCAGAAUCGAAAUCCCAAGUGGUUUAAUAAUCCUUUAAGUUUUGAUCCUCAACGCUUCCUACAAAACGAAAAUUUGAUUGCUCUUUCGGCUCCAAUGGGUUUAGGACCUAAAUCAUGUGUAGGUCAGCAUUUAGCAAUGGUAGAAAUGAAACCAGCCAUAUCUGGACUACUUGCAGCAUUCAAAUUUGAAAGGAUAAAUGCAACAAAGCUCUUCAUUGAUACUAAAACAAAGUGGGAUAUUGCACAACAACCGAUAGUCAAUGAAAUUAUUAUUGCUCUUCCUAGGAAAAAAAUCGUUCUUGUUGGUGCUCACAGUGUUGGCAAAACGACGCUGGCCAAUUUAAUUGCAAGUCGUACGAAUGCAGUUUUGAUUUCUGAGACAGCGAGAACUGUAAUGAAAAAAAUGAACGUGAGUCCGGAACUCCUUAGAAAAAACCCACAAAAAAGUCUAGAUUUUCAGGCUUCCAUAAUACAACACCAAUUCGAAAAAGAGGGACAAAUCAAGCACGAAUUUGCGAUUCUGGAUCGAUGUUCAAUAGAUGCUUUAGUGUACGCCAAGACAUUUUGUGAACAAUGGGAGAAAUUAUUAGACAUGCCAGAAACAUGCAAAUGUAUUGAAAAUUAUAAAAGCGAUGAAUAUGUUAUUUUCCUUAUUGAGCCGCAAUCGACUUGCUGGAAAGAUGAUGGCGUCCGAAUGAUGUCAAAGGAUUAUGAUGAUUGGAAAGCUUUUUCCGAAAGAUUCAAAGAUAUAAUGAACCUAUAUAAAAUAAAGUUUCAAGUCUUGGAAGAAUUAGACCUAAAUAUACGUUUUAUGAAAGUUUUUCACACAUUAUUUGAUUGUAACUAA